AGUGACGAGAGAGCGUCUUCACCCUCUCUCGAGAAAACAAAGAUUACUUAACGCUAAUUUUUGGAUUUUUGGGGAUUUUUGGAUGAUUUGGAAGCGAUGGAGAGCGACUGUACGGAUUGACUUUGCCUUUAACUUACAUUUACUGAGUUUAUAACAAUUUACGGAGGAUUUUCGCGGUUGUCUUUGGACCUUUAAUGGCAAGUUAGCCAACCGGUUUUCGCUCGAGUUUUAAAGAACCACACGCCCAAAAAACAGAAGCUAACAGCAGCAAUUAUGGUACAGCGUGCCAUGUGGGGGUAACCCUGCCCAGGAGGUGCCAUGCUAGCCACACAGAUGCCAGAUAUGCAGCCCGAGGCUGAAGAUGUCAAAAAGAUCAAGGAGAAGUUGGCACAGUCGCUCAAGGCCCUGCAGAAGAGAUACGUGACGUCAGACGCAGUGGUGACCAGUGACGACGGGGACGCUAACCUCUUCUGCUGUGCCCUGGAGGCCGUCUUCAUCCACGGCAUCAAGAGCAAGUACGUCCGCUCGGAGGCUGGGGGCCGGAGCAGGAAGGGAGAGCGAGGCUCCCUCCCUCAGCCUUUCUUCUGGAGCCUCCUCAAGACCGUCACCCACCGUGAUGUGGUCAAGGAGCUGGAGAAGAUCAGCUUCGUGGGCACCGACGUGGGUCGCUGCCGAGCCUGGCUGCGACUGGCCCUGAACCACGGCCUGCUCGAGUGCUACCUCGCGUCGCUGUUCCGCGAGGGCUCCAAGCUGCGGGCCCACUACCAGCCCAGUGCCUUGCUCCUGGACACCGAGGAGCGGGAAGUCCUGCUCAGCUACCUCCAGGGUCUGGCCUCGCUCACCUUCGACCUCUCCUACAAGUCGGCCGUCCUCAACGAAUGGACCACCACGCCUCUGGCUCUCGCCGGGCUCUGCCCCUUGUCCCAAGCGGACACUAUUGACCUGUCCCUCAACGCUGGAGACCUUCCCAACUCCAAGCCCGCGUUUAAAGAGUCGUGGGAUACGGUGUCUCAGUCGUCGGGCUCUUCAGACGCACAGGAUCUGCAGAGAGGCUGCCCAGUGAUGCUGACGGGGAAAGGGACAGGUGUAUUACACGGGGGUUGUACUGCACUCAACUCAUCCAACUUAAGCCUGGACACCACAGGCUCCUCCCAGCUCUCCUCCAGCUUGAGCUCUGAUAGCCUCCUGCAGGGGCAGCACCCCCGCAGCCCGACGGGAGAGCAGUGGUCUUCAUGUGACCUGGACACGCCCAUUAAUGUCACCAUCAGCACCAAGAGGCCACAGAAGGACAGUUCUCUGACAGAGUUCCGGGAGAGUGGCCACUACAGUCAGGACUCCAUGCGCGAAGACUCCUUUGUGUCCAGCACGGGUCCGGAUCAGUACUCGGAGACGGCCAUGUUCAGCGGCUCCGACAGCGAGACCCAGGGUCCCCCUACGCCGUCCCAAGACCCCGUGGACCACGUCCCAAACUCUGUGCUGUCUGAUUCAGAGCCACCGGCGACACCCGAUGAGAACCACGUUAACUACUCUCCCUCUGAAGCGUGCAUCGAUGCCUCUCCUGAGGCACACUUGGACAAGGACAUGCUUUCUACUGAGCCUGUGGAGCCUGUAGACGAAGUACAGAUCACCGGAGUCCAGGAGAGUCCUGAGCCUCUCCAGGUAGAGAAAGAAGCAGAGCCCUCAGUGGAUCAAAGCUCACGUCGCUCCACCAUCAGGUUAUUGUCCUCAGAUUCUCUAUCGCAUUCUCGUUCCUGGAUCUCUGAGGACGACAUCUACAAGCCUCACCUGGAGGAGGUGCCGGACCACAAUGAGGCGCCUCCUCCUGCUCCCUCUGCUGAGCUCAAGGUCUCUCAGUCGCCUCCUAGUGUCGUCCAUCGCAGGCAAAUAGGGCUGUCCAACCCUUUCCGUGGCUUGCUGAAGCUCGGUCACCUGGAGCGUCGAGGUGCGAUGGGGAUGUGGCGCGAUUAUUACUGCGAGCUGUCGCCCUUCGAGUUCCGGCUGUACGUCAACGCGGAAGAGCGCACAUGUUGCGACAACUGCUCCCUGGUGCGAUGCGAGGACGCCCGCGUCGCCUCGCCCGAGGGCCGCUUCGAGCUGGCCUUCCCCGGCAAGCGGCUCUACCUCCGGGCAGCGAAUCGCGGCGAAGCGGAGGACUGGGUGGACCGGAUAGUCGAGGCCGUCAUCAAAUGCCGUCCGACGCCUUGCACCGAUGAGCAUUGGGAGGUGCUACAACCUGCCUGUGAGAACGGCGUGGACGCAGCGUCCCUGUCCUCCGUCCCCUCCAGCCCCGAGCGAGGUCCCUCCUCCCCGGACACGGGGCCAUGCGGAGGGCAGGAGGCGCCUCCUCCUCCUCUGCAGGGCUUCGACUGGACUCGGACUGUGGAUUUGGAAAAUGACGCAAUCAAAGAAGCUGUUUUGUACUUCUCCACAGAUCCAGAGGCUCGGACAUGGGUGCCUCUGGUCUUCUCCCUCUCCUUGGAGGCCUUGAAAGGGUUUCAGGUUCAAGAGGGAAGGAAGCAGCUGCGGCAAACGCUCCCUAUCGAGGAAAUCCGGGAUGUGGUGCCGGACGUGUCUCAGGGAGGGCCGGCCUUCUUCAAACUCCUGACCGUCCGGGAGACGCUGAGAGUCAGAGCUGAGAACCCAGAGGAGGCUCGCUCUUGGAGGGUUUUGAUCCGAGGGGCUCUGGACUCGUACCUGGAGAGUGGGGAGGACGAAGGCUCCGGCGAGGCACCUGUAGUCCUCCCCGGGAUGAGUGGAAAUCUCCACAGACUGGUGCAGCACCGACUAAAAGAAGAUGGAGCACUCCUCGUGCAUCUGUGCACUGUUCCUUCAGAGAAGGGGCUGGACACGCAGAGCUUCAAGUGUGCAGGGUGUCCUCAGCCGAUCGGCCCGUCUCUGGGCAGAGCCCGGCUGUGUGAGUUCUCGGGUCAGUACUACUGUGACUCCUGUCAUCACGGCGACACCACCAUCAUCCCCUCACGCAUGGUGCACAACUGGGACCUCACACAGCGAGAGGUGUCUAAGAAGGCCCUGCAUCUGCUGGCUCAGGUGGAGCAGGAGCCUCUGCUGAACCUGGAGCACCUGAACCCUGAGCUGGUGACGCACGCCGAUUCCAUGUCUCAGGCCCACAACCUGCGGAAGAGGCUACGUCUGCUGGGCGACUACCUGCUCACCUGCCGCAGCGGAGCCUGCAAGAACCUCCAAGCCAAAAUGGAGCAGCGGACGUACCUGCUGGAGUCGAGCCAGCUGUACAGCGUCAUGGACCUACGACAGAUAGCAGAGGAUGAGUAUGUGAACUACCUGCUCACACUGCUGCAGUACGCCUCCAACCACGUCUUCCACUGUGACCUGUGCACUCAGCGGGGCUUCAUCUGUCAGUUAUGUCACGCUAAUGACAUCAUCUUCCCCUUUCAGCUCGACAUCACCACCAGGUGUAAAGUUUGUAAAGCGGUGUUCCACUCGGCCUGUAAGGCUGCUGGGGUCUCGUGUCCUCGCUGUCAGCGGAUGAAGAAGUACCUGGAGAGGAAUCCACAGUACUGAGCCGCGAGGCCCCGACUAACAAGGAAGCGGAAAAAUAACCGAAAAUCUAGCUUUUACACGAAGUAACCUCAAGUGCAAUUAUGAGUGUGUUGUGAGAGCGACGGUGCUGCGGUAGCUCGACUCUCUCGCACUAAUUUAGAGGCACAUCUGGCCUUGUGACGCUGACAUAAUGCAGCCAGAUGUUACUGACCAGUGACGUUAAUACCUCUCUGAAUUCAGACUCGGCAUCAAACGGAGGACGUGACACCGGUGAAGGUUGUUGCCAAGAAUCAUAUCAACACAUUUUUUACAUGGUGUGUUUUUUACUUUGUUUGUCUUAUUGUAUCUACGUUCAUCAUGUUCAUCAGAAAUGCUCCACAGGACAUUCUGCCUUUCUCUCGGAUGCACAUAUUUAAACAUAAUGCAGGUUGGUUGGGUACUGAACAUGCACAAAUAUCUAAAGCAGUGCUUGAAAUAUUCUAAUAUUUUGAUUGUGCCUUCUUUUUAAUUUAAGCUUUACGCUCUUCUCCACUUGGUGUGUGUUUAACACGGUUCAACCUUACACUUUUAAUUUACCUUCACCACGAGAAGAAGUGACGUUACUGCAGUAGAAACUGAUCUUGUGAUAAAAAUCUGAAUCAAGUCAUAGAGAAGACUUUGUGGAAUGUUUCUUACAAGUUUACAAACGUACAUUAAUAUGUGUGAUUUAAAAGGACAAAGAGGUGAGCCACACUGACGUAUGACAUAAAGUUGCUGAAGAAAAUAAAUAAAUGUGCGGCCGAAACGACGAAUCGUUUGAUUUUGCGUUGAUCCUGAAGUCAAAACACAUUUCGCACAUUUGCACGUACUCGUGAUGACUGUUAAAUAUCUUCUAGCAUGCAGAGCUACACCUCAACUAACACACAAACCUGCAUUCUUGACAUUUUCAUUUUUGCAGAAUUUGAUUUUCUUCUCUUGAACAUUUGACUCUGAUGUGGAGAUGAACUCGCAGAAGUAGCACAUUAAGAGAUCUUUCCUUUUGCCAAAAUCUGCAGAGAACAAAGAAGUAAUUGAUGGUUUAAUCAAGUUCAUUUGGAUAUAUGCAGAACAUAUCAAACCACAGAAUACUUGCAACUAUUCCUGGUUUGUCUUUGUCUUAUCUAUGAUGUAUGAUGUAUAAAUGACCGUUAUGAUUAAAUGUGACUGUGUUACUUGA